UUCACAGAUGCGCUUCCUUAAACUCCCGAAUUGGAAUCUGAUGAUCAGAGAGUCUGCGAUGAAAAUGCAGUGGGAAGAAGUCCUUUCUCACUGCUAUGAAAUGAGAAGGGCAGGAGUUGUUAUCGCAGAUCCUUCCUUGCUCCCUCCGAUCCUUAAAGCCUGCACGAAGCUUCAGUUGAAGAAGCAUGGCGUCUCUGUCCACACAGCUGUAAUCAAGAAAGGGUUUCAAUUGUGUACUUCUGUUGCCAAUUCCAUCUUGGAUUUUUACAUCAAGUGCGUGGAAGUUGAGUCUGCUUUGAAUGCUUUUCAUUGCAUGGGAAUCAAAGACUCUGUUUCGUGGAAUGUGAUGAUUCAUGGGUGCCUUAAUCAUGGUUUGACUGUGGAAGGGCUUAACUUGUAUGGGCAAGCGAGGCUGGCGGGCUUCAUACCCAAUGUCUCCACUUUGAUUCUUCUAGUUCAGGCUUGCUGGAGUCUUGGACCCAUGCAGGUAGGUUUUUGCAUCCAUGGUCUCAUAAUCCGAAGCGGGUUUCUAUCUGUUGUUUCAGUUCAGAAUUCUUUGUUGAGUAUGUAUGUAAAAUUAUGUGACAUGGAAUCUGCACGGAGGCUGUUUGAUGAGAUGUCUGAGAGAGAUGUGAUCUCUUGGAGUGUGAUGAUCAGUGCAUGUGCACAGAGUGGGGAAGCUUGUGUUGCGUUGUGGUUGUUUCAGGAGAUGUGUUCUGUAGGUGUUGUUCCAGAUGGGCACACUACGGUGAGCAUUCUUGGUGCUUGCACUGCUCUAGGGGACAUUGGUAGAGGGAGAGUAAUCCAUGGCUAUGUGAUUCGUCAUGGUUUUGAAUUUGAUUUGCAUGUGGGGAAUGCCCUAGUUGAUAUGUAUUCAAAGUGCACAGACGUCGAGUCUGCAUAUGAAGUCUUUGAUGCCAUGCCGCAAAAGAAUACUGUUUCGUGGAAUUCUUUUUUAUCUGGAUUGGUCCAUAAUGAGCAGUAUUCAGAGGCAUUGAGACUGUUUGAUUCAAUGGAAAAGGUGGGAAUUGAGUCAGACGGGGUGACUCUGGUGAAUCUUCUUCAAUUGUGUAAGAAUGUUGGAGAUGCAGUUGGAUGCAAGUGCAUCCAUUCAGUUAUAAUUCGAAAAGGAUUUGGGAUGAAUGAAACAGUGUUGAAUUCCUUACUGGAUGCGUAUGCAAAGUGCCAACUAGUAGAGCUUGCUUGGAAGUUGUUCGAACGGAUGGGCAAAAGGAACAUGAUCUCGUGGACUGUGAUGAUUGGCGGCUUUGCCCGUUGUGGCAAGCCUGAUGAAGCCAUAUCCCUAUUUGAAGAGAUGAAGCUGGCACAAGAGAAGCCCAAUGCAGUUACAAUGCUGGGCCUUAUAGAUGCGUGCUUGACUUUGGCAGAUUUAAAUAGAUCAAAAUGGGCACAUGGUUUGGUUAUUAGAAAUGGGAUGGCGGAUGAAGUGGUGGUCGGCACCGUGCUUUUGGAGAUGUAUGCUAAAUGUGGGGAUGUAGAUGCCUCGAGAAGAGUGUUUGACGAAAUGCCUGAGAGAAAUGUAGUAUCAUGGAGUGCCAUGAUAGCCGCAUAUGGUAUAAAUGGUCAUGCACGAGAAGCUCUUGCCUUGCUCCGUGAAAUGAAAUUUCAUGGUGUGAAGCCGAACAAGAUAACGAUGCUUUCAGCGUUGUCAGCAUGCAGCCAUGGAGGGCUCCUUGAGGAGGGACGCUCUUGUUUUGAAGAAAUGAUCCGCGAGCAUGGUUUUGAUCCUGGUUCAGAGCAUUACUCAUGCAUGGUGGACAUGUUGGGACGGGCCGGGGAUCUCAACAAGGCAAUGGAAAUGAUUGAGAACAUGCCCCAAGGCAUUGCGGCCGGUGCUAGCUUGUGGGGCGCACUAUUGAGUGCUUGUAGGAACCACGGGAACAGCGAGCUCGGGAGUGGAGCUGCGUCCCAUGUUCUUGAGCUAGAGCCAUCAAGCUCGGCGGGUUAUCUGAUUGCAUCGAGCAUGUAUGCCGCAGGCGGGUUGUGGAGGGAUGCGGCGAGGAUGAGAUGGUUGGUCAAGGAGAAAGGGGUGAAGGUGGUGGCUGGUUACAGUUUGGUGCAUGUUGAUCAGAGGGCUCAUAGGUUUGUGGCUGGAGAUAGGGCCCACCCACAAUCUGCAGAGAUAUAUGCAAUGGUUGAGCAUUUGCACGGUUGUAUGAGGGAAAGGAAAAAUGAUUCCUCCUACACUAUCUAGGAUUCUGCAAAAUUGUUCUUUUGCAACAACUUACUCGCAAGGCUUGAUUAGAUGAGAAACACUCUAGCAAUUUCAGUGACAUAAAGAAUAGCUGAUCUGUGGUAUUCAUGCUAA